AUGGUUGAUCUCUCCGUUGGAGAGGUCUCGGGCCUCAUCGCGGCUGGUGUUUUUAUACGUAUCUCGUGCUAUCGGGUCGCCUUCCCAGCGGCAUUGGUUGGGUUUGUCGGCGACGAGAAUACAGUGGUCACUUGGUCGGUGCUGGGCCGCUUACUCCAGUCUUCACCCUGGCCGACUCUGUUGCAAACCGAUUCAGCGGCGCGACAUGGCGUGCGGCGACGGGUCAGCUAUGGCCUGCUGUUGCAGACAGCGAUCGUGACGCUGGUGUCGGUGGCUGCCAUCGUCACUCCACUGGGGUUGUACCAGACAGUUGAGCCGGCAGGCAGUCAGGAUCUCGAGGCGUUCCAGUUCGUGAAGGAUGACUCGCCGUUUGGCUACGGGACGCCCGCGCGGAUGGUGGCACCUUUCACCAGAAGCUGCGGCGAGGAUGCCUGUCCCGGCUCGUCGAUGAACCAAACGUGCGUCCAGCAGGGGCUGCUGCUAAAUUGCACCGAUGUCGUUUACGACCGGUCCAUUCCCGACAUCUGGAUGUCCACAUUCACGGACGGGGCGCGCCAGGUGAAUCAGUCCGUCUCCAGCAUCUUCGACAUCCAGUGGCGGACCCAGGUCAACGCAUCCGACGCUUUCGGUUCCCAGGGGUGGUAUGUGAAGUCCGGCUACCGUCAGAUUGGCAUCUUGAUCCUUGAUCCGGGCAUCCAUCUGGUAGAUGGCCUUAUUGUCGAUGCCCAGACCGGGGGCAUCGGCUUCCGCAACCACACGACUCCGGCUCCCGUGCACGAAUACGGGAGCACGUGGACCGAGGACAUCCUAUUCAUUGAACCAGACACGCAAUGCGUCGACCUGAACGUCACGUUCGACUUCUAUCUCACGCAGAAUAACACGUCUCGUCUCGCCCCAAGGAAUCUAUCUCUCACGGACCGCGGCGGCUUCUCCCAGCUGGCCCGCAAAAGCCCGGACCUGUCGGUUCCUGUCGACGGCAACGGACAGGGACCUCUGGACUUGAGGGAGCGCGCCUACAAGGCAGCCUGGGCGAACAACUUCUUCACCCUUGCCUACUUCAACGCGACCGGCCCUGACCCGUCGAACAUCACGCGCUUCGAUGUGACGCCAGGUAUGAAGUUCAACUCGUCCGGUUCCGCCAUGAACAGCUCCGGUGAAGUGACCAGCGCCACCUUUUUUAUCGACUAUCAGUCCAUCAGGUCCACUCUCUUCUACGGAGACUAUCUAGACUUUUCUGGAAGCCCGACAGAGCGCAAUGCGUCAGCAUCCAACGCAACCGGCAAUCCGUUCGGGAUCAGUCUGUCAGACUUCGUCGCCAUCUCCGAGAUUUGCGCCGGCAGCUUUAGUUCCAGCCCUGCCAACAUCAACAGCAGCAUGGUCGGGUGCGGGCUCGUCUACGGCGCCGCCCGCCGCACCGACGGAGGGUCCGAGUUCAGUCCGCAGCCCGGCUCGCAGUGGUCAAUCCCCGUCUACAGCUGCGCCGCCUCCGUCCACGCGACCAUCCGCACUGUCACAUUCAAGUACAACGGCACUGGUCUCGCCGCCCUCAACGUCACCGCAGCGACGCCGAAAAGCUACGCCUCGCCCUCCGACAUCCCCCUCUGGGCUGUCGAGGACAUGCAUACCACGACGCUCGCAUCCGCCCAGCCCCUCUGGGGCCUCCUCGGGCCCGCCAACGCCACAAUUCCUCCUGCCCUCGCCAAGAACCUCACCACGGUGCAGCAACCCACCCUCCGCCUGCCGGGCACCCUCAACCCCGACUUACUCCUGAUCAACGGGCCGGACUACAUCCCGGCCAAGGAGGGCCAGAACCUGCCGGGAGUGGACUUCUACGCGCAGGCGCUGCAGAACGCAUUCGCCAUCACGCGCCCCGGCGCCGUCGGCUACGAGGGUUACGCCGACUACUCGGGCCUGACCAGCCUGGCGCUGUACACCAAGUGGCGCUACCUGUCGGCGACCGCCGCCGGCGCGGCGCAGAUCAUCAACCUCGUGUGGACCGACAUCGCGGCCAACUCGGUCGUCGGCACCCGCGGGUGGACGACCGCAACCACUUCCACUUCCACCACCUCCUCAUCCGAUACCAACACCGACACCAACAACACCUCAACCGUCAAAGUCCCCGUCACCCCCUACACGCGCCGCGUGCGCUACCGCCUGCCCUACGCGGUGCCCGCGAUCCUCGUCCUGGCGCUGAGCGCCGCCGUGCUGGCCACCGCGGCGGUGCUGCUCGCGCUGGGCCGCACGGGCGCGGGCAAGAUGCGCCGCCUGCUCGACGCCACCUCGGCGGGGCGCAUCAUGGGCGGGUUCCUGUGGGGCGGCAAGGAGGGCGUCGCUGCUGCUGCUGCUGUUGCUGGGGAGAGAAAGGUUAAGACGGACGAGUGGGUGCGGACGGUGGGGAAGAGGGCUGUUUCUGUCCGGAUUGUGAAUGCGGCGGCGGGUGGCAGUGGGGAGGAGGACAAUGGGGAGGGGGAUAAUGGUGGGAAUGAGAAGGGGCGGAAGCAGUUGGUCAUUAGGGCGGUGCCCGGGGAGGGUGAGCUCGGGGAGGAGGGUCGGUUGAUGGGGAGGCUUUGA